AUGUUCGCCAAGUCUUCCAUUCUUUUCGCUCUCUUUGCCGCUUCGGCUCAGCUUGCUGCGGCCACUCCCCCGGCCUGCCUUCUGGCUGCUAUUGGCCACCAGCCCAAUCCCGCCGACUUACCCACCAUCUGCGGCGUCAAGGCUUCCGAUGUUGAGAGCGAUCUCAAGAGCGACUGCGCUUCGGGCACCUACAGCGCUGCCUUGAGCGCCUUCUCCAGUGUCUGCCAGGCUCACGGACUCACCGUCUCGGCCACCUCCUCUGCGGCGUCUUCCACCGCUGCCUCGUCUACUGGUGCCUCGUCCGUCUCUGCUUCUACCACCGGAUCCUCCUUGGCAUCAUCCCCGGCUGUCACGGGCACUGGUUCCGCUGACGCCACUGUUACCUCUGCUCCUUACCCCACUGGAAACAGCAGCGUGCCCACCACCGUCGUGGUUUUGACCUCGACUUUCUAUGACACCAACUGCGGCUGCACCAAGACUUCUGAGUUGACCGAAUCUACUGGUGCCUCUUACGGCGCCUCUUCUGGCUUCCUCUCGUCGGGCUAUGCGGCUCCCACUUGUGGCUCUGGAUCCGGCUCGGGCAACAACGCCACUAUUCCCAGCACUCCCUCCGCCACCACCUCGGGCUCCUCUCCUGAAUACACUGGUGCUGCCGCCAAGACCAAUGUUGGAUCUUUUGCCGCUGCCGCCAUCCUCGCCGCUGGCGUCGUCAUCGCUCUCUGA